UGUCCAGAUGGGGGAAACCUGGCGCAAGGUUUGCCCACAAGUGGGCUUAGGUUUGUUGAUGGAUGUGGGUGCAGAGACGAGCUUUUCUUUUCACUGGCACAAUCCGUAGCUUGCCAUGGCUGCCAUGUUCAGCUACGAUUGCCAGCCGCAAUCGUGAUCCAGACUUUGGGGAGAGCGCGGACCGUGAAAGUCAUCGGGCAAUUUUCUAUUGGCGAGCGCUCGUUUGGUAGAUUGUCUAUCUCCGAAUCAGCCGCGCUCCGCGAUGCGCUACUGUCCACCGUCGAUGUAUGGAUGUCUGCCGAGGAUAUUCAGUAG